AUGACAUGUAAUACAAUGAGCGAUGACAACGUGAUCGACGACUUUCGUGACAUUUCCUACAACUUUGUGUUAGAGUCCAUUAGUUUGUGGUGUUUGGGCACAAGACUCGGCUGUUUAGACACUCAACACAAUGACAGCCAUUCUUCGGUCUCAAUCGACAAACAAAUGAUGACAAUCGCGACCAAAGAGUUGUUUGAAUCCUAUCAGCGAUUGUAUUACAGCUCAAAGCUGUGGAAAUACGUCAAAACCAAACCAUACCGACACUCAAAGCUGUGGAAAUACGUCAAAACCAAACCAUACCGACAGUUGGAGAGAUCCGAGAGCUGUAUAUACGACACGCUUUCAAAGUAUGUUGACUUAGCUUUUAGUUCAAAGACUGGUUACGAAAGCCUUAUGAAUGAAUUGAUAAAUUUGGACACAUUGUCCGUCAAUGAGAUUAAAGUCUAUUUAAUGGACUUUAUUAUUGGCGGACUCUUCACGGUUUCAAACGCAUUGAAUUUUGUUUGCUAUCAUUUGGCAAACAAUCCGUCGAUUCAACAAAACCUGUUGCGAGAGAUCAAUGCCGUGACGACUGACCAAAACGAGAUCACAUCACAAAUGUUGUCUCAAAUGCCAUACCUUAAGGCCUGCAUUAAAGAGAGUUUUCGUCUCACGUCUACUGUUCCCGGAAUUGUCAGAGUAUUGCCGUCGGAUGUCAUACUCUCAGGCUAUCACAUCCCCAAAGGGGAUAACAGACACGACUGGCCCUCGUUUUCGGUGUUGCCUUUUGGGUUCGGGAGCCGUAUGUGUGUCGGCAAACGGUUCGCUCAGUUACACAUCCAAAUGGCUGUCCUUUAUAUCAUUAAACACUUUGAGAUCUCUGUCGACGAGAGCGACGAAAUUGAAUUGAUUUGUAAUUUUCUAAUUAUAGCCAAUCGUAGGAUUAAACUCAAAGUUAAGCGAAGAUAA